ACUUCCACGCCGGCUUCGUUGGCAUCGUCGCCUCCCCCACCAAUCGGAUCGCCUCCUCGCCUAUAAAAUUUCUCAACUCCUAACUGCCCACUCCGAUUUGACGCCAUCUCCACUGAUCCACCUCCACCUCCUCCUCCCGGAUUUCCUCCCCCUCCCUCCCUCCCUCCUUCUCGGCGGCCAAUCCUGCUGCGUUGGACCGCCGUUGGUUGUCGCUGCGCUGUGCCCGCGGCCCGCCCCUGGAGCGCAGUGCCUUGCGGUGAGGAGGAUGGCUGGGAAGGGCGCGGCGGUGGCGGCGGAGGAGGAGGUGUAUGUAGCCUCGAUCGACCAGGGCACGACGAGCACGAGGUUUAUUAUCUAUGACCGCCACGCCAAGCCCGUUGCGUCGCAUCAGCUCGAGUUCAAGCAGCACUACCCGGAGGCGGGAUGGGUUGAGCAUGAUCCUAUGGAGAUUAUGGAGAGUGUGAAGACAUGCAUGGCAAAUGCGCUUGAUAAAGCCACAACUGAUGGUCAUAAUGUGGAUGCUGGACUGAAGGCCAUUGGUAUUACAAAUCAGAGGGAGACCACUGUUAUGUGGAGCAAAUCAACAGGCCUUCCUCUCUACAAUGCCAUCGUAUGGAUGGAUGCUCGCACAAGCCCCAUUUGCAGGAGAUUGGAAAGUGAGCUUUCUGGUGGUAGAACUCACUUUGUUGAGACAUGUGGAUUGCCAAUUAGUACCUAUUUCAGUGCUUUGAAGGUGUUAUGGCUGAUCGAAAAUGUGGAUGCCGUCAAGAAUGCAGUUCAAGCUGGUGAUGCCUUAUUUGGCACAAUCGACACCUGGUUAAUCUGGAACCUUACAGGAGGCGUUGGCGGUACAGAUCGUGAUGGAAAACAAGUAUUUGGGCAGCAUGUCACAGACUGCUCAAAUGCAUCUCGCACAAUGCUUAUGAACCUGAAGGCACUUGACUGGGACAAGCCAACACUCGAGACAUUAGGAAUUCCUGCUGAGAUAUUGCCGAAAAUUAUCAGUAACUCAGAGAGGAUUGGUGUGGUUGCCAAUGGGUUUCCAUUGGCAGGUGUCCCUAUUGCUGGGUGCCUAGGAGAUCAGCAUGCUGCAAUGCUCGGGCAGCUGUGUCAGAAAGGUGAAGCAAAAAGCACCUAUGGAACUGGUGCCUUCAUUCUUCUCAACACAGGGGAGGAGGUUACACUAUCUUCCCAUGGUCUUCUUAGCACUAUUGCUUACAAGCUUGGCCCAAAUGCGCCCACUAAUUAUGCUCUAGAAGGCUCCAUUGCAAUUGCUGGUGCAGCCGUUCAGUGGUUAAGGGACAGCCUUGGAAUCAUCAGCUCAGCAGCAGAAAUUGAAAAGUUGGCUGAAACUGUGCAGGAUUCAGGUGGAAUAUACUUUGUGCCAGCAUUUAACGGAUUGUUUGCGCCAUGGUGGAGGGAUGACGCAAGAGGUAUUUGCAUAGGAAUCACAAGGUUUACAAAUAAGGGGCACAUUGCUCGAGCAGUGCUCGAAAGUAUGUGCUUUCAGGUGAACGAUGUCCUAAGUUCUAUGCAUAAGGAUGCUGGUGAGGCAGGUGAAGUGAAGAGUGCAGAAGGGGAAUUUUUGUUGCGUGUUGAUGGUGGCGCUACUGUUAAUAACCUUCUCAUGCAGAUUCAGGCUAAUCUAUUGGGCAGUCCUGUCGUCAGACCAGCUGACAUUGAGACAACAGCACUUGGAGCUGCAUAUGCAGCUGGGUUAGCUGUUGGUAUAUGGACAAAGGAGCAAGUAUUUGCAGGUUUGCACAGGGAGAACACGACGGUAUUCCGCCCACAAUUGGAUGAAAUUCAUAGGAAGAAAAGAGCAGACUCCUGGUUCAAAGCGGUCUCUAGAUCAUUCGAUUUAGCUGAUCUUUCUCUGUAAA